UGAGCUACAUAUUUCUCCUGCUCAGAGAAAGAAGAAGUCAUGGCAAGAACCAAGCAGACAGCCCGUAAAUCCACCGGAGGCAAAGCCCCCAGGAAGCAGCUGGCCACCAAGGCUGCCCGUAAGAGCGCCCCGGCCACCGGCGGCGUGAAGAAGCCUCACCGUUACAGGCCCGGUACCGUGGCUCUGAGAGAGAUCCGUCGCUACCAGAAAUCCACGGAGCUGCUGAUCCGCAAGCUGCCCUUCCAGCGCCUGGUGAGAGAAAUCGCUCAGGACUUCAAGACCGACCUGCGCUUCCAGAGCUCCGCUGUCAUGGCUCUGCAGGAGUCCAGCGAGGCUUACCUGGUCGGCCUGUUCGAGGACACCAACCUGUGCGCCAUCCACGCCAAGAGGAUGAGUGGAAGAGGCAAAGGAGGAAAAGGACUCGGUAAAGGAGGCGCAAAGCGUCACCGUAAAGUGCUCCGUGAUAACAUCCAGGGAAUCACCAAGCCCGCUAUCCGCCGUCUGGCUCGCCGUGGUGGAGUGAAGCGUAUCUCCGGUCUGAUCUACGAGGAGACCCGCGGUGUGUUGAAGGUGUUCCUGGAGAAUGUGAUCCGUGAUGCCGUCACCUACACCGAGCACGCCAAGAGAAAGACCGUGACCGCCAUGGAUGUGGUGUAUGCUCUGAAGAGGCAGGGACGCACUCUGUACGGCUUCGGAGGUUAAACACGCACCGUCCGUUUAUUGAGACCAAAGGCCCUUUUAAGGGCCACA